AAUAGUUGGAACCACUCGUCUCCACAUCAAGGUUAUUUUUGUCCAAUCCAGAUGUGAGCGUGGGAAAUGUACGCAGCUGCAGCACACAUCAGGCCCCAAACUGCCUUUUAAGCAAAUUAAAUCGCUGUGCUUUUUUUUUAAGACGCCUGCUCUCUUGAAGUUUAGGGAUGAAGCAACGCUGCGAGAUGUCUUUCCCAGUGCGCUUUUGAGCUGUGUGUCAGUGAAAGUGGAUCAAACCGAGUUAAUAUAGCUUUAACAUACGGAACAUUACACUAAGAAAGACUUUAUCGACCUGCUUGUGGCAAUAUUUCCUGUUUCUGUGCUGCUGCUUUGUCUCGGGUAUGUGGCACACUGGCUGAGCUGUUGCUCCUCGGUAAUGAAUGAAGGCGCGUCAUUGCGCUGGUUCCUCAACAUGGCCGUCAGCGCGCAGCACUGCGUUAUCACGCUGGACCUGGACUCCUGAUCAGCCACACUUUCACUAGCUAGGAUGUGCGGAACGAAGUCUGUUUGUAUAUGUUUCUGUUCUGUGUCUGCGGUCGAGAUGAUCACCGACAACCGAAAAAUCACAGCACUGGUGAUUCGGCGUCGGAUGAAGGCCGGUACUGGAGCCUCGGGCUGGAUUUGAGAUUUGGUGCUAAAAGAGUUUGUGCAGGGUGUACAAUGUUUUGUUGCAUGCCAGAGGAAGAGGAGGCUGAGCACUCUGACUAGUGUGGAUGAGAGCACAGUGCCGUGAUGCUGUGCUGUGGCAGAGCUCUGGACUCUCCCUGUACUCUUGCUUUGCUGGUGGGCUUCCAGUUUGCAUUUGUGCUCUAUUUCUCUUUGGGAGGCUUCCGUGGCCUUGUCUCUGUGUUGGUGCACUCCUCAGAACCUGAGUUUGACUACUCUCGACCGCAUGACGUUUACACAAACCUUAGCCAGCUCGGUGCCCUGCUGCCCCCUCACACUAGUGGAGCUGAGCAGCAUCAAAGGGACUGUUUGCUACCAUCACCACUGCUUGUGGGUCCUGUGUUUGUGCACCUGUCCUCCCCUCUUUCCCUGGAGGAGAUAAAAGAGAAGAACCCUCUGGUGACCCCAGGAGGCCAUUACCGUCCUCCGGACUGUAUACCGAAGCACCACACAGCUAUUGUGGUCCCCUACCGGAACCGACAAAGCCACCUGCGAACACUCCUCUACCAUCUGCACCCCUUCCUGCAGCGGCAGCAGAUACACUAUGGCAUCUACAUCGUACACCAGUCAGGAAAUUCAACAUUUAAUCGUGCAAAACUGCUGAACGUGGGAGUGCGGGAAGCUCUGAAGGAGGAGGACUGGAGUUGCAUCUUCCUCCAUGAUGUGGACCUGCUUCCAGAAAAUGACCACAACACCUAUACUUGCCAUACACAGUACCCCACUCACCUCUCUGUGGCUAUGGACAAGUUCAGAUACAGGCUUCCAUAUCCUCAGUACUUUGGUGGAGUUUCUGCAGUCACUCCAGAUCAGUACCUCAAGAUGAAUGGCUUCCCAAACCAGUACUGGGGCUGGGGAGGAGAGGAUGAUGACAUUGCUGCUCGAGUUCGUCUAUCUGGGAUGAAGAUAGUGCGCCCUCCUGUGGCUGUGGGUCAUUAUAAGAUGAUUAAGCAUAAGGGGGACAAGGGUAAUGAGCAGAACCCCAGAAGGUUUGACUUGUUGAAGCACACCAGGUUAAAUUGGAGAUCAGAUGGACUCAACUCGCUCAAUUAUGAGCUUCUGUCCAAAGAGUUAGAGCCGCUGUACACCAAUCUGAGUGUCAAUAUUGGUGAAGACCCUCACCCUCCUCCCAAAAAAUCUGCACUUCCUAAACCUGUUUCUUAUCCUGCAGAAAUAUCCAAAGACAAAGACGAUGACAAGGAAACACUAGGAAUGCAGUCCACUCAAGAUACCAAAUUAGAGGAGGGUCACUUAAAAGUAACCAAUAGGAGUUCAGACUUUGGUCAGAAAGCUGCUGUGAAACAGGAAAUUGUUUGAUGACAUAGCAUGUUAUGGCAUGUGACAUAGAUGUCCAUAAAGCAGUGACACUACAAGUGGAUUUCAAGUUGACUUGUACUGUGCCAGUUUGCAUUGUUUCCUCUCUAAUAUCACUGAGUAUUGCACUGAGAGGUGAGCUUGCAGGUAAGUUGAAUUAUUGCACUGAAUGUCUGCACUGGCAUGGUAUCAUUUGCACAGACCUCCGCUGUACCAUUUCCUGGUGAUCUCCUUGCCACGAAACUCGCGGCGCAUGAACAGAGCUAAGCAUUAAUGAAAAUGAUGUGCUCGUGUGUAAUUGUGCUGUAAAGACACUUGCACCAGUGCUAGUCCUGUGUGCUUAUCCAACCAGCCUGCGGUUAACUGCUAAUCUUCACACUAAUGUGUGGGUUCUGUCUCUUUGUGCCUUUUCUCGCUCUUGAACCAGCUUCUGUCCGCAUCUUAUUACAUAUGUUCAUAAUCUAAAAGACAUGCAUAUUAGUGCACACUUAUGUAUCAGAGUAAUAGGCUUCUAAAUGCUCUGAAAUGCUGCGGCUCCUGUUUCUCAUCACCAUACAGCUUAGUGGUCUUGUGCUUGGACAUACUGUUAGCACUGUGUACUAGAUUUGAUCUUGCUAUGAAAAUGUGCAGCUCAUUGUGUUUCCACAGGUUUUGUGUUUUUCUUUCAGAAAUGUCUAAAAGUACUUUUUCAGCUGGUCAAAUAACAUUUCUAAGUUUCAAAUAGAAUAAUUGGAUAUGCAUUAUUGAGAGAUGACUUUUUUUGGUUAGACAAUCAUAAGGAUAAGCUAUAUAGCUGACACAUCAAUCAGUUAAAUUACUGUCUUUAAAAGUUUGUUUUUGAUCAUUAUAAAUUAUAAUAGUUAGACUUGAAGAUAUUCUUCAGUAGAUUUGUUCAAAUGUGUUAUUACAAUAUGAUUAUGAUUUAUUGCAGGUCUCAUGGAACGUGUUGCUGCAUAUAAUAUAUAUAAUGAUCGCUAUAAUUUUUGUAAAUAAGCUAUAAUUAUUCUACAAAAAAAAAACCCUGCAUACAUUUGCUAUAUGUAAAAGAUGAUUCUUUUUUUUUUUUUUUUUUUUAAAUUGGCCAAGUAUCUGGAUAAAUAUGAAGUUUAAUUCAUUAUUGAACCCUAACACUGCUGUUAAUAGUGGCUAUUGUAAAUGAGUUGUCUCCUCAGAGAUGGUAUUGAGCACAUUUUCUGUUUUUUUGUGUAUCAGGCAAUAUCAGAAAGUGAUCAUUUGAAUGUACUUUAUUCCAGUGCUCACUCACUCGCUCUCGAUCUCUCUUGCGCUCUCUCUCUCUCUCUCUUUCCUCUUUCCUCAAUCUCCCAUUUGAAGCUGCCAGGUUUUUGUUGUGUGUAGAGGACUAUAAAGUAUUACAAACAAAGACCUA